UUUAUUUGAAAUUGGAACCGGAAUGCUCGUCUUCGCCGGGACAUCGCUAAACACAGUAAACAAAACCAUGUACUGAACUUUCUCGCCUCUCACUAAUGGCCUCCUCUCUUCCUCUUUAUAAUCCCGCCAAUUGCUUCAUCUCCAAUUCGAAGUUGAGGAAUUUCCACCAUGGGUGGUCACGAAGACCCAGUUUCUCUUUUGCUACUGACACCGAAAAUCUGGUUAAAGCCAUUAAAGGAACCACCGAGACUGCACAAUAUCCGAUAUUCCAAACUCCCCAAGUUGAAGAAUCGCCCUCUGAGUUGGAGCCAGCAGACCCUGACUUCUACAAGAUAGGGUAUGUAAGGAGCAUGAGAGCUUAUGGAAUUGAAUUUAAAGAAGGGCCAGAUGGAUUUGGAGUGUAUGCAUCCAAAGAUGUUGAGCCACUUCGCCGACCCAGGGUAAUUAUGGAAAUUCCACUGGAAUUAAUGUUAACCAUAAGCCAAAAGCUCCCAUGGAUGUUCUUUCCAGACAUAAUACCAGUGGGUCAUCCUAUAUUUGAUAUUAUAAACUCAACCAAUCCAGAGACAGAUUUGGACCUACGAUUAGCAUGCCUUCUUUUAUAUGCAUUUGAUCUGGAGAAUAACUUUUGGAGGUUGUAUGGUGACUUUUUACCUAGUGCAGAGGAGUGCACGAGCUUGCUUUUAGCUACAGAGGAGGAGCUUUUGGAGCUUCAGGAUUCUAAGCUUGCUUCAACUAUGAGAGAACAGCGACACCGAGCAUUGGAGUUUUGGGAAAAGAACUGGCACUCAGGUGUACCCCUUAAAAUCAAGCGCCUUGCCAAUGAUCCUGAGAGAUUCAUCUGGGCGGUGGGUACAGCACAAUCACGAUGCAUUAACAUGCAAUUGAGGAUUGGUGCACUAGUUCAAGAUUCAAAUAUGCUAAUUCCUUAUGCUGACAUGCUAAACCAUUCCUUCCAGCCAAAUUGUUUUUUCCAUUGGCGUUUUAAGGAUCGUAUGCUUGAGGUGAUGAUAAAUGCUGGGCAACGGAUUAAGAAAGGAGAUGAGAUGACUGUCAAUUACCUGAGUGGACAGAAGAAUGACAUGUUCAUGCAAAGAUAUGGAUUUUCAUCAUCAGUGAAUCCUUGGGAUGAGAUCCAGUUCUCAGGCAAUGCACAUAUUCAUUUGGAUUCCUUCUUGUCAGUCUUCAAUAUAUCUGGCCUACCUGAAGAGUAUUAUCAUAACACAGGUCGUCUUUCUAAUGGUGGAGAUACUUUUGUUGAUGGUGCGGUCAUAGCAGCAGCAAGAACAAUUCCCACUUGGUCAGAUGGGGAUGUGCCCCCAAUCCCAAGCAUGGAAAGGAAAGCUGUGAAAGAGUUACAGGAAGAAUGCCAACAAAUGCUGGCAGAAUUUCCUACUACCUCUGAGCAAGACCAGAAAUUGCUAGAUUCUAUGCCAGAACCUACGAGAACCCUUGAAGCCGCAAUCAAGUAUAGAUUGCACCGGAAGUUGUUCAUAGAAAAGACCAUUCAAGCAUUAGAGAUCUAUCAAGAGCGGAUAUUGUUCUAAUCCUAAAGUUUUCAGCUUAAAAGACAGGAAAAUUUUGUGUAGCUAGUUUUCCAUAUGCACAUUAGUUGAAUGGUUAAUGUCAACACACCAUCUGAAAUUUUUGGAAAUCUCAGUUUUGCGAAAAAUUUGUUUGUUUA